GCCGCUGCCGGCGAAUGGAGAGCCGCGCAAGAUGGCGGCACUACCUGAGGAGCCGGCGGAGGUGGUGGCGGUAAAGCCGGACCCUGAGGCGGGGCCACCGCCGCAGCCUCCUGCUGCUCCCCCGGCCGCCGCCGCCGCUCCCGCCGCUCCUUCGGCCGCGGCGGCGGAGGGGGAUGCGGCGGGCGGCGGCGCGGAGGCGGUGCCCCCUAAGCCGGCAGCAGCGGGCCCGGCCGCCUCCCCGGCCGCGCUGGACCGGCAGACGCUCGUGGCCGUGCUGCAGUUCCUGCGGCGCAGCAACCUCCGCGAGUCCGAGGAGAUCCUGCGCCGCGAAGCCCGUCUGCUCGGCGAUGACCUCGGUGCCGCUGCCCUCAGCCCCGCCGGCGCCGGGCUUCAAGGAGCCGCGGGCGGCGAUGCGGACUCCGCGGGUGGCGAGGCGCUGCUCAGCCGGGUCACCGCCACUACCGCCAUCGCCAUAGGAGGGAACGUCGCCACUGUCGCGUCUUCCAGCCCUGGGGUGGCGGCAGUCCCAGCCGUGCCGCCGCCGAAAGUUGGAGGAGGCGUGGUUGUGGAAGAUCAGCCAGAUGUGAGUGCAGUAUUGUCUGCCUACAAUCAACAGGGGGACCCAACGCUGUACGAGGAAUACUACAGUGGAUUGAAACACUUCAUUGAGUGCUCCCUGGACUGCCAUCGAGCGGAAUUAUCUCAGCUGUUUUAUCCUCUCUUUGUGCACAUGUACUUGGAAUUGGUCUACAACCAACAUGAGAGUGAAGCAAAGUCUUUUUUUGAAAGAUUUCAUGGGGAUCAGGAGUGCUAUUACCAGGAUGACCUGCGUGUGUUAUCUAGCUUAACCAAAAAAGAGCACAUGAAAGGUAACGAGACCAUGCUGGAUUUCCGAACAAGCAAGUUUGUGCUGCGCAUUUCCCGUGACUCUUACCAGCUCUUGAAGAGGCAUCUUCAGGAAAAGCAGAACAAUCAGAUCUGGAACAUUGUUCAGGAACAUCUUUACAUCGAUAUCUUUGAUGGAAUGCCUCGCAGUAAGCAGCAGAUUGAUGCUAUGGUUGGAAGCUUGGCUGGGGAGGCAAAACGAGAAGCUAAUAAAGCAAAGGUUUUCUUUGGCUUACUGAAAGAACCAGAGUUUGAUGUCCCUUUGGAUGAUGAAGAUGAAGAAGGAGAAAAUGAGGAAGGAAAGCCAAAGAAGAAAAAACCUAAAAAAGAUAGUGCAGGGUCAAAAAGUAAAAAACAAGACCCUAAUGCUCCUCCUCAAAACAGAAUUCCUCUGCCUGAACUGAAAGACUCUGACAAGCUGGAUAAAGUCAUGAAUAUGAAGGAAGCUGCGAGGCGUGUGCGUCUUGGCCCAGAGUGCCUGCCCUCCAUCUGUUUCUACACGUUCCUUAAUGCUUACCAGGGUCUGACUGCAGUGGAUAUUACAGAUGACUCUAGCAUGAUUGUAGGAGGCUUUGCUGACUCAACUGUCAGAGUGUGGUCUGUGACUCCAAAAAAGCUACGUAGUGUGAAAACAGCAGCAGACCUCAGUCUCAUUGACAAAGAAUCAGAUGAUGUCUUGGAGAGGAUCAUGGAUGAGAAAACAGCAAGUGAGUUGAAGAUUUUGUAUGGUCACAGUGGACCUGUCUAUGGCACCAGCUUCAGUCCUGAUAGGAACUAUCUGCUGUCUUGUUCUGAGGAUGGCACUGUCAGAUUGUGGAGCCUGCAAACAUUCACAUGUUUGGUGGGAUAUAAAGGACACAAUUAUCCAGUGUGGGAUACACAGUUCUCUCCUUAUGGUUAUUACUUUGUGUCAGGGGGACAUGACAGAGUGGCUCGUCUGUGGGCAACAGAUCACUACCAGCCUUUACGGAUAUUUGCUGGCCAUCUUGCUGAUGUGACGUGUACUCGAUUUCAUCCAAACUCCAACUACAUUGCCACAGGCUCGGCAGACAGGACUGUACGCCUCUGGGAUGUUUUGAAUGGGAAUUGUGUAAGAAUAUUCACUGGACAUAAGGGACCAAUUCAUUCACUGGCAUUUUCUCCUAAUGGACGAUUCCUGGCUACUGGAGCAACAGAUGGAAGAGUUCUGCUGUGGGACAUUGGACAUGGCUUGAUGGUUGGAGAACUGAAAGGGCACACUGACACUAUCUACGCACUCAGAUUCAGUAGAGAUGGGGAGAUUCUAGCAUCAGGUUCAAUGGAUAAUACAGUUCGUCUGUGGGAUGCGGUGAAGGCAUUUGAAGAUUUAGAAACAGAUGACUUUACUACAGCCACUGGACAUAUAAACUUGCCUGAAAACUCACAGGACUUGUUACUUGGUACAUACAUGACCAAAUCAACCCCAGUCAUACACCUCCACUUCACCCGCCGAAACCUGCUGCUGGCUGCGGGAGCCUACAGCUCCCAGUGAACUGGGAAGCUCACACUGACUGUGCCAAGGCAGUAGCGACCUCAGGCUGUGAGACAAGGGAGAAUGUCUUGUUCAGGUGGAUCCCACUAGUCUGUGGCAGAAAAAAACCUAUAUAAACUAAUGGAAGCAGCAUGUUCUUAGUUCUGCUAUUUCAUAGUUAUCCACAGUUUGAAAAUGCUGGAGAUUGUGGCCAUAAAAGAUGGAACGAUCAUGGUGCUUUUGAUAAAAUAAGUAUAUAUAUAUACACACACACAUAUAUAUAUAUAUAUAUAUGAGAAAAUGGCUGGCUCCUCUCAGACAUGCUGUUGAGCUCUGCUGAAAUGUGGAAAGUUUAACAGCCUUGGGAUGUGUUCCCUGAUUUUUUUUUUUACAGCACUUAAUUUACGGUCAGCAAAUCUCUCAUCGGUCUCAUGUUUCAUCAGUCUCAAACACAAGCACAAACUGUUCCAUUUCAAAAAAGAAGAAUGUAGUUUAAAUCAUUUUAAGCCUGUGCCGGGCAACAGGUAUGGUGAGAGUGUCACAGCAACAGCCAGGGCAUUGAAAGAGGAGGUCCAACAGGCAAAGGCGUGUGGGGAACUGCUGCAAAGUUAGACGUGUGGGUUUUUUGCAUCCAGGUAUCAAGUCCUGAAAGACUUCGAACUCCUGUGCUGAGGUAUUGGAAAGGCAGAUCUUGUUCUUCUGUUUUCACAGGUAGCCAAUCCUAGACGUGUGCUAAGCAACCAGAAGUGCAAUGGGAACUUUUAUUGACUUUCAGAGUUUACUGUAUAAAAAAGCAAAAAAAAGGAGGGGCUGAAGCACUCAUUAUCUAAAACAUGGACUUAAACCCUUUUAUGUUGUCUUAUGCGGGUAUUUUAGGGUUUUUUAUGUCUCCUUUCUGCUUAAUGUUUAAGAUAUCAAAGUGGAAAACUAGCCAAGAAAUUGAAACGUCAUUGCAGAGUGAAAGGAUUAAUCAGUUCCCAGUGUAUGAAUGGGCUUGCUUUUGAAAGGUCAACUUGUCUGCUCAAGUGACAGUUUCCACCCACAAAGAUCUUGUGCCCCAGUAAGUCCUCCUGGACAAUCACUGAAACUCAGUGCUUUGUUGCUAAGGAAGAGUAAAACUUCUUUGAGCAGAAACCACCACCACCACAGGCUAAGUCCACUUUGGUGGGGUUUAGGGCUUGUUUCUGUUUUGUUGUUUGGGUUUUUGGUUUUGUUAAUCCCUGACAAACUGAUACAGGGAAAUCUGGUUUGUAAUUGCACACAAUCUGCUGGCUCUCUAAUGAAAAUAAAACCAAGACUUGAUAUUUCUAAGGUAAAGUAAAUGGAGAACUGCCUCCCCUCUCAUCCUCUGACUUAUGGAGUGAAGGUACAGUACAGGCAUUAUACAUCAAAAGAAAGGGUGAAAACAUAAUGAGGAAGCUCACCUGGAAGUUUUCCUUAAAGAGGUUAAAACUGAAUUAGUAUGGAUUUUUUUGUGUAAUGGUAUAUGCAAAAGUUACUGGCUCUCAAAUCCAACUGGUCCUAUUACAAUUGUGGUGAAUCAAAUGAUUUACUUCAAAUAUGUAUAGUUCUGACAGCCUCAAGUAAACACUGCCACAUUCUGCCUUUGUAUAUUGUACAGUUUUAUACUUUUGAUAUGAUAAUAAAUACUAAACCCACAUAGUUUGUGUCUAUU